AUGCUCAAAUUGGCUCCUGGCACUGGGAACCCCGCCAAUGGCGUCAAGGUGGCGUACGGCCGCGCGAACAACGUCAACAGCUUUGGGAUAUUCAACGCCGAUGCCAUCACCAAGACUUCGAAGCUGCAUAGAAAAUUCCAGACGCUGAGUUUCACGCUGCCUGCUGAUGGGUCCAAAGCACAACCAGUACAAGUGGCCGCUCUGGCCGCCGCAGGCAGCGCAAAUACUCCCGUCAGGUCGGAGCAAUCAUCUGAGCCCAGCAGCACUCAACAGUCUACAGAGAAGACAGAAAAACACUUCGGAAAUUCUGUCCCGGACGCCGGAAAAAGAUCCAUCGCUACCUGGAAAGCGACCGCGUCGGCUAUGGGAAAGACUUCCGCGAGCGUAACUGAACCUGGCUACGCAGAUGAUUACACACAGUCUUCCAGAGACCGUUCUCCAACCGGCGACGUUCCAUCCAAAGCCCUGCCUAUGGAGGCAACCGACCGCAGCGCGCCCACUGGAAAAGCAAACACGAAAAGAAACAUCGAAAGAAGCGACAAAUCUGACGGGACGUGUGCCGCGUCUUCGGAGGACGAUGUGGACAAGACUACUAAAAGCAGCGCAAGACUCUCAACAGAAGCAUCUACCUCAGACUCCGCAACAGGGCCGGCUCAUCAGCAAAGAAAUCCGUGAGGGGAUCUGCAGCCGUUUCCCAGAAAGGAUGCAAGGACUCGCACACAAAGGAGUGCGGUACAAGGAGCACCUUGACAACGACUGCUCCCAGUACAGCUUCCAAGUAGGGCUCGGCAGGCAAUAAGCUGUAGCCAGAGA